AUGGAGCAGAUUAAAAGGGCCAAUAAACUGUUUACCAAUGAUGGUAUAUUUCUGAAGAAAACUCUGAACAUCCCAGUUAUAUCAGAGAAGCCUUUGUUGUUAAAUAGACUUAACUCCAUUGAUUCUCCAGAAAAUAAAACUGUUGGUAACAGUUUUUCUCAGGAAGAGGAACCAGUGGUGGCUCCUCAAGAAUCUGAUGUUCAGCCUGUUCAGCCUGAGGAAGUAUCAGGCAGAGAUUUCCUGCAGAGACUUAACUUGCAGAUUAAGUUAUCAACCCAGGCAACCAAGAAGCUAAAAGAAGGGAGCAGAGAUGAAGAAAGUCCCUAUGCAACUUCCCUCUAUCACAGUUUGGUGAGUUGGGGAUAUAAUUCUCACCAAAAUUAA